UUAUUUGUAAACAUGGCUAUAACGUAAAUGUUUAAAUGUGAUCGUAGUCCUGACAUUUUGUUGAACGAAGUCAAAGCUCACAAAUAUGUCUUAAGUUUUAUACAUAUUUUUUUACAGAGAAAAUAAAUAACGUAUUAGAAGUUAAUUUUUAUAUAUUUUUCAAGUUUUAAGUCAACAUUUUGGAAAUGAAUGAGGGCAAGCCAGACACUUGUCGGCUUUGUUUGUCUCGAGAAGGCAAAGUACCAAUUUUCGUAAGCGAAGGCGAUCGAGGCAGUCAAACAUCUAUCGCUGAGAAAAUGAUUUAUUGUUUAUCAGUUGAAGUAUCUGAAGGUGAUGGCUAUCCAGAAAAAAUUUGUUGUCUGUGUUUGGAGCUUACCAAUCAGUUUUAUGAUUUUAAAAAGUUAUGCCAGAAGUCAGAUGCUGCUCUUCAUAAUUAUUUAUUUCAAGAAGCUGAUAAAUCAGGGGGUGUUGAAGUCAAAGAAGAGGAUGGAUUAAGUAACAAUCAACAUAAUUCUCCUCCAGAUUUGAAGCCAAAGACUGCUGAGGAAAAAUCGCAAAUCUCCAUUGAUUUGGGAAAGGCACAGCUUUUUUGUGAAGUAAACAUAGUAGAAAAUGAGAACGCGGGUUCAGCGAACACAGAUAAUUCAGACGAGCAAGACAGCAGUGAAUCGGAUGACUCUGCUCACAAUCGCGUGGUAACUGAAGACAAGUGUUUGGCAGACAGCACAGCUAAAGAUGAAGCGGAGUACACAGAAUCUGUUUUAACUCCUCGUCAAAAUAAUCCGAACAGAAGUUUGUUCUCGUGUAAAUUUUGCCCUAAGUCGUUUGCGAAGCGUACGUACCUGAGACAGCACGAAGUGAUCCACAGCGAUAAGAAACCUCACACGUGUUCCGAGUGCAACAGCAACUUUGCUCGCUCCGGAGGUCUGCUGCGGCACAUGAAGACGCAUGGUAAAGUCACAAAUUCGAACGGUGGUAAGAAUGCUGGCGACGCCGACUGCAAGAGCAAGACGUUCAGUUGCGAGGUGUGCUCGAAAGUGUUCACGAAACACGUGUACCUGAAGCGACACUCGGUGAUCCACAGCGACGAGCGCCCGUACGCGUGCCAGAUGUGCGGCAGCACGUUCUCUCGCACGGGCGACCUCGGCAAGCACUUGCGGACGCACGCCGAGGACCGCGAGGGGGAGCGUGAACGGGUGGCGAGCGCGGGCGACGGGGACUCCUCGCUGGAGUGCACGGUGUGCUACAGGGCGUUCACGAAGGAGCUGUACCUGAGGCAGCACCGGGUGACGCACGUGCGCAAGGAGGCCAGCUCCCACCUCUGCGACGAGUGCGGCAAGGCGUUCAAGCAGCGCGGGGCGCUGACCCAGCACAAGGCCGUGCACUCGGCCGUCAAGUCCCACGUCUGCGCCGUGUGUGGCAAGGCCUUCGCGACGCCGGGCCGCCUGCGGGACCACGCCAAGCUGCACGCCGGCGUCCGGCCCUUCCUGUGCAACGUCUGCGGGAAGGCGUUCGCCUCCAAGGACGGGCUGCUGGCCCACGAGCGCACGCACACGGGGGAGAAGCCGUACUCGUGCGCACUGUGCCAGCGGUCGUUCACCACCUCGUCCAACUACAGGACGCACGUGCGGCACCACACUGAGGGCAAGCGCUACCCGUGCGACCUGUGUGGCGCGGCCUUCUUCACCAAGUCCGGCCUGGAGCGCCACCAGAGCCUGCACACGGGCGUGAAGCCCUUCCCCUGCGACAUCUGCACCGUUUGUUUCUACACCAAGCGAGAACUCAACAGGCACAAACUGUUUCAUCUGGGAAACAAGAAGUUCUCGUGCGAUCAGUGUAACAAGUCCUACUACGAACGACAGCAUCUCGUCAUUCACCAGCGAACCCACACGGGUGAGCGGCCGUUCACAUGCACCUGGUGUAAGAAAUCUUUUUUUGAGCGAUCAAAGCUAAAGAGACACAUGCAGACACAUCUAAAAGGUAAAAUAUGAAUGAUGUUUGUAUAUCUACAUAAGACUGAUACUAACUACUUUCCAGAUUAUGUUUUAGUAUUUCCCCCCUAAUUUUAUUAUUAUUAUUAGUAAUUUUACAUUAAAGUUAGUGUGUAAAACUGUGUAAAUAUUGUUCAGCCUAUCCACAAAAUUUGGAAAUUUUGUUUAUUGCAAAAAGUAUUCAACUGUGGAUUGUACAAACAAAUGAACUAUUAACAUUUUUGGCUUCAAGUUUAUGAAAAUUCUUGUCUUUUCAUCAGAAUUUAAUUAUAAAUAAUUUAACAGAUUUUACUGUAGCUGCUUCACUUCAACUUCUAAAUUUAAAACACUGACAGCAAUUUUUUAGAUGUUUCUGCAGAGAGUAAAUAAUUUUCCUGUACUACAGUUUUAUUUUUGUCAUAUUUUAAAUGAGAAUUUUUUUUAAAUGUUAAUAUAUCUGUAGCAUUUGUGUUGUUCAGAGAUGAAUUUUUUUUUAAAAAAAAUGAACUAGUGUGCAAUUAAGUUUAUUAAAUAUGUAUUCCAUCUCUGACAGAGUGCAUUUACAAAAGUAAUGGCAGUAAUUCUGACCUAAACUUCUUUAUUUGUAGUUUAUAAGAGCAUUCCUGUAGUUUUUGAGGUGAUCAGAGUCCUGUAGUAAUUAAUAUGAAAAUUUAAAGGUACUCCAAAAUAAUUUUUAUGAUCAUUUGCUGUGUUGUUGUUGCUUUGUUGUGUAAAUUUGUCAUCAUCAGUUGUUGAGUCACUCUAAAGGUAAUUGCAUGAAGGAUCAGCAACAGUGUGGCUGUGAAACAGUUGAAAUAGUUUUUGAGUGUGGCACUGGAGGGUAUUGUUUGACUGCUGUCCUGUUUUUGUGUCACAUCAAAGGGACCCUUUUAUCUAUGUAGUAGGUACUAAGAAUUCAACGAAACUUGUUGAUCUUCAAAUGAAACUGAUGGUGUGACCAAUGUCUGUGGGCCAACUGGAACUAGCUAAAGAGGCAAAGUUGUUUGUAUAUUGCAACAGUCCUAAGGCUCUGUCACAUACGCCAAGGGGAUUUAUUUAGUUUCUUCCUUCGUUACUUUUAUGUAACAGCUUUUUCUUAACUUUUAACUUGAUGCUUCCCUUACGUUUUUAUGUUGUGCCACAAAUAUUUUCAGCAGAUAUUACUCUAAGUGAAUAUACGUUGAAACCAUUUGUGGUAGAACUACGAAUUUAAGGAAGACAUCUAGUUAAAAAUUUUAGAAAUGGCCCUUAAAUAGUAAUGAUAAAAAAAAUUCAAUCACAGUGUCAUGUGAGACCUUAAGGCAAAUUGUUUUGCUAUAGUUCCUAUUUUGAAAUAUCUAUCCUAAUUAUUGGCACAACGAAGCAUAAAUAAUAUCCUUCCAAGCUUCUUUUAUGCCUUUAUUAUCUGUUAUUGAAGAGCAGUUAUGACCACGAGGGAAUCGUGUAUGUCCCGUGGGCAACUGCAAAUGACGGGACGUACAGAGACCACGAGUGUUCGCUCUAAGAGCGUGAAGCAAGAUCCGGUAAAAAAAAUCUGGAUAACCAAUGUUUGUGAUUUAAAAAUUAAAUAUUCAAUACAUAUAAUGAAUCAAUACAAUCCCAGUGCCAUGCAUUUAAUUUUUAUUAUUAAAAAAAGUGUGCAUAUUAAACCGGAUAAAUAUUUUUUUUGGUAACUUUUGAAGGGUACAGUGAUAAAAUUUUAAAGCUUCCAUUAACUCUUGAGUUUAAUGAGCUGCAUAAGAUCUUCUUCUAUAUUACUUUUAAUGAGUGAGAUGCUGUAAUGUUUUAGUCUUCAUAUGAAAAAUUUCCCAUUAGAAACAUUAUAGUGUAUUCAUUCAUAUCCAUAACAGUCUUGACAGGAAAAUUAUACCCACGUUUAAUGUAGUUAAAUUAUUAAAAUAUUUUGGUCAGUAUAAUGGUUGCACUUAUUUACUACCCUCAGGUAACAUAUUAUAGCAUAAUAAUGUUUCUCAUCUGUAAAGGUGAAAAAUAUGAACUCAUUUUCAUUAUCACAAAUGCUGAUAAGAUAAAGAUUUUUAUGCAUUGUUCUCUCUAAUAUUGAGUCAUAAGUUAUUCACAUCAUCAAACUACAUAGAAUUUCAAUAAAAUUUACUAAAGAUAUUUAUAUUUUUGUGCUUUAUUCUACUUUAUAACUAAUUUUCAUGUGCAAUAUUGAUGUAAAAAUAAUUUUAUCGGUUUAUUACAUUGAGUGCCAAAAUUGCUUGUUGAUUAUAAAUUAGUUAAAACUAUAAUUUUGAUACAUUUUUGUUGUACUUAAGUGUAUGAUUGAUGUACAUUUUAAAUUAUUAAGGUGAAGCAUACAAGUUCAAUCUUCAUAGUUCCUUUUUUAAUUUUGAUGUACAUAACUCUGUAAUAUUUUUGCAUGAAAAGUGUAAUUAAUGAUCUCAUGAUGAGUAUAGUAUCAAGUAGAUGUGAAAACUUGAUUGUUCCUCAUAUUAAAUGUACUUUUAUAACUAGGCAUUUUAUAAUUUUGUAUACAGAUAGCGUGCAUAGAUGUUUAUAUAGUCUUUGUGACAUGCAGGUAUAGUUAAUAUGUUCUGUAGCAAUUUUUAUGGACUAAAUAUUUUUACACAAAAUAAAUGACCUGUAUUUAUUUUAGCAGGUAAUUGUUAUUAAAAAAUUUUCUUAUGACAAUCUUAUUCAAAAUAGGUACAGAAUGUAACAGAAACAUAUAGAAAAAAAUAUAUGUUUUGUAUUUUCCAUUAAAUAGAAGUUCUUUCCA